AUUUCACCAUUAAUUUCUUUGAAUCCGAUACCCAGAAAAAGGCAAAAGCACUCACCAGUCACCACCACACUCGUAUCUCCAUCUUUUUCCUCUGCUGGAUCACACAUAUAGAUGUUCAGGUGAAAAAUUUUCGAAGACAUAUAAGUUUCUCAUCAAAUGGACAAAAUUAGUGCAGAGGAGAUGAAAAAUGAAGGAGAAACAACAGCGAAGGAGAGCGGCAUUGAGUCACAUCCUUAUGCAUUUCAUGUUUCUGGACCUCGAAAUGUUUCUUCCCCAAAUUGGAAAGAUCUUAUUAAUUCCAGCUGGAGGAAAGAUGCUAACUAUAAAAGAACAGUAAUGGCCUGUUUUAUCCAAGCUGUUUACCUUCUUGAGCUUGACAGACAAGACAACAGGACAGAACAAAAUGCACUUGCUCCGAAAUGGUGGAUACCUUUCAGGUACAAGUUAGUCGAAACUCUAAAAGAUGAACGAGAUGGAUCUAUAUUUGGUGCAAUAUUGGAGUGGGACCGAUCUGCAGCUUUGGCUGAUUUUGUACUGAUGAGACCGAGUGGUGCACCUAGAGGUGUUUUAGCCUUAAGGGGAACAAUUCUGAAAAGCCAAACGAUGAGAAGAGAUAUUGAGGAUGAUCUCCGCUUCCUAGCUUGGGAGAGUUUGAAAGGAUCUGUGAGAUUUAGUGGAGUUUUAAAGGCACUAAAAGCAAUCGCGGACAAGUAUGGGAGUAAUAAUGUUUGUAUUGCUGGUCACUCCCUUGGAGCUGGCUUUGCUCUUCAAGUUGGGAAAGCGUUAGCCAAAGAAGGCAUAUACGUAGAGGCACAUUUGUUCAAUCCACCCUCAGUUUCACUUGCUAUGAGUUUCAGAAACAUCGGAGAAAAAGCUGGCUUUGCUUGGAAAAGAAUCAAGGCAAUGCUUCCUUCAAAGGCGGAUUCUCAGAUCAGCUGUGAGGAAGGCGGUGCAACAUCUUUUCCAGUAGGCCUAAAGCAAUGGGUACCUCACUUGUAUAUUAACAACAGUGAUUACAUAUGCUGCUCUUAUACUUAUGCAGACGGAGCACAAAACGACCAAACUGCAGCUAACAAGGAGAAUGCAAAACAAACAACAAACUGCAGGCAAGCUGCAGCAAAACUUUUCUUGUCAUCGAAGGGCAAUCAGAAGUUUCUUGAGGCGCAUGGAUUGGAGCAAUGGUGGUCCGAUAACUUGGAACUACAAAUGGCUAUUAGUAACAGUAAGCUCAUUAGCCAGCAGUUGAAAUCCUUGUAUACUAUGCCAGCUGCUCAACUAACACCAGUCAAGCGAUAACAGAUUAUAAAAAAAGUGGCUUUCGCAGCCCCUUUGCUUAACAAUAACUCAUUUUAAAUGCAAAUAGUUGUUCCUAUGUCACCAUUUUUUGGUGUACAUUUAUGUUCAUACAAUUUUCUUUCCCCUAUUGUAUUGAAAACAACGUGUAGCUAUGGGGAUGCUCUCAAGGUGAAGACAAAUAAUCUCAAAUGUGAAACACAUAUUUUCUUUAUUUGUAUAUUUGUACUGAUGAAUUGUCAAACAUAACAUACCCCUUCUCUUUUAUG